GCCUCCCUAAGCCCGUAGCUCCGCCCACACGGCGGCGUCAGCGGUGCUAGUGGUUGGCGCGCUAAGCUGAAGGGGGCAGGCCGCAGAAUGGCGGCGGUGUUGGAGUUGUUGCUGCAGGAGCAGCUUACAGUAGACGCAGUUCUGCGCUGGGUAAUGAGCACUUCGCAGGAGAAACCUGCACCUCCCAGUCUUGCCUCCCUCAGUCUACUUCAGAAAGACUUUGUCCCAUUUCUUCUUAAUUUUUUACGUGAGCAGACUAGUCAGAUUCUGACUAAUGGACCCUCUACUCCAGCAAAGACCCCAACCUCUAAGACUGUAUCAAAGUCCAGUAGCACCACCCACCAACGGACAGUUUCAGAGAAGAGGGCCUCUAAUUCAUCAGGUCACCGUGGAAGCCGGAUGCAGCUUUUUGCCCAUACUCCUAAUAGCUCAAAUGCAUCAAAUACAUCAAAUAGUUGUUUUUUGUCUCCCACUUCUGUCUCCAAUGACUCUUCUUUUUUGUCCAGAUCAAACCUGACUGCUAAUCUGUCUGGAAAACAUUCUGUUUCAACUAGUCCAAACCUUGGCUGCAGCCCAUUGAUGCAUUACAGUGAAAAACGUUCUGCACACAAACCCAGCUUGGGAAACUUUUUGGUUCUUACACCUGAUGGGCAACCACCUCGACGUGGUCGUAAAAAGAAUAACAGCUCUGGUCGCCAAAUAUCCAGAGACCAGGGAAGGAGAUCAAAUGAGGAAGAAAUCCAGGGAGAUGUUUCAUGGAGCGCAAACAGGAGAAUUCAAGGAGGCUCUGACUCUGUUACAUCUCCUCCUGGUGUUUGCCAACUAAAUCUCAAUAACUUGGAUGAAUUCCCUCCAAUGAAUGCUUCAGCUGGAUCUACCAGCAAAUCUAAACCAUCCAGAAGAAUCAACCCUACUCCGAUCAAUGAUGUACACUUGAUAUCCAAAUCCAGGGUCUGCUUCACUUCCACACCAAUACGGCAGUCCACAAUAAACCAACACCAGGCAGGCAUGGAUGUGUUCACUAAUGUUAAAGAAGGAAACUGUUCUCCUGCAAAGGGCGGAAGCCUUCAUGAAGAAAGGGAGAUAUUAAAGAAGGAAAGAUCCAAAUUAAUGCAGCAGACAAGCUCUCCAAUUGUAUUGGAUCCCGUAACUCCCACCAAGAGCUACAGCCGAAACAUGAGCAUAUCUGCAGAUACCCUGGUCAAUGCAGACAGUGCCAAGGUUACAUACAGGAAGCAGCUGAACAUCCUUGCUGAGCUCUAUUCAGCUUGUAUAGCAGAAAAUCUUGUGCCCAAUAUAUUCCUGGAAUUCUUUUUUGUCCUGCAGCUGCUCACAUCAAGGGGGCAUGCUGCAGAUGGAGAGUGUGAUUCUGAUGUAACAUGCAACAUUAAAGAUGUAGUGGAGCAACCUUACUUUCAAAGUGUUCACAAUUGUGUAUUCUUUGCUGUGGUGGUCCUUGAUUUUCAGUUUCCGGUCAUUUCACAUUUGGAUAAAGGAACUUUGAAGCUUCUUUCUGAAAAUGAACGUAUUUCAGCAUUUUCAUCUGCAUUGCAUGAGCGACUUCUGAAAGCCUAUGAAAACAGUACUGCCAAGGUUUCCCUCUUUCUUCCACCUGCCAUACAGUCAGUGUCGUUUCAGCCUGAAACUGAUAACAGGUCUAACUUUACAAGUGACCGGGCCUUCCAUAUCUUUAAAAAACAGAGAGAUGUUUUCUAUGAAUUGCUGCGAGAGUGGGAAGAUAAACAUAGAAAAGCAGAUUGGGACUUUGAGCGUUGCCUUGGCAGUAGGAUAAGGGGGAUGAUGUCCAGUCUUUCUGCAGUAUGUAACCAGAGCCACUUUGCUAGAUUAUUUCAGAAGCAGCUUGUCCAGAUGUGUAAAGGGCCCAGUGGGGGUAUUGGCAGCUCCAGUGCUGGUGAUAACCCAGAUCAGGAUGUGCUAAACGUGGUCGGCUCAGACAAUCUGAACAGACUUAAGCGCUUGCAGGAAAGAUUUGUGACCCCCCAGAGUAUUUGUGGGCCGUGCCCACCUCCAUGCUUCCCUGGUUACCAGGAGUUCUUCAGAGACUUCAUACUCUGUGCUGGAAAUUAUCAUUUUAAUCAACAUCUGAUGGACAGCCUGUGCCAAGAGAUAAAAGAACUGGAUGGCAUCUCUAUUAUUGGGCAUGAGCCAGCUGAUGGAGAAUCUGAUAUGGAUGAGCAGGAUGAAAAAAUUCGUUUUGCUUCUGUCAUCAUGACCCUUCGUCUGCUGGCAAAGUUUCUGGGAUUUAUAUAUUUCUUACCGUACAGAACAACAGAAACGCUCACCAGUGAACUGCAAGAAUCUGCCUUGGCUUUAAGAAACCAGACUUUACCCAUGCUAGACGUGUUGCAGCUGCUGAGGCGUUCAAUGCAGAAUUACCGUAUUGUGCUGACUGUCCCAUGGGUAGUAGAAUAUUUGUCAUUAGUGGAUCAAGUUGCUCCCCUUCUGGAUUAUUACAAGAAAGUGUUUGCACUAUUGAUGCACCUGUACAGGUACAAGCUGAUCCUUGCUGAAGAGAGAGAAAUGGGAUUCCUGAAUAAGUUGCUUAUUCUUGCUGCAUUGGGCUGGCUUUUUCAGGUACCUCCAGUACCAGAGGAACUGUUUUUUGACAAUGAUAAUGUAGAGGCAGACUUUGCUGUGGGCUCUGUAGCAGUGACACAGGGGCUGGACUCCAUGCCUUUGGUGGACCAACAGCUGCUGUAUAGUUGUUGCCCAUAUCUGGGAGAACUGAAAAAGUUACUGUUAUCAUUUGUGGCUGGUAGCAGUGCCAAAAAUGGGGGUUUUCUGAGGAAAAUAACUCCCACUGCUGCAGAGCCUCUUAUCCCAAAGCCUACCUUAUCACAAAAAAAACUUCAGGCCGAACUGGAGCAAGCAUUCUUCCACAAUCAGUCGCCCUCUCUUCGGAGAACAGUGGAGUUUGUGGCAGAACGAAUUGGUUCCAACUGUGUAAAGCACAUCAAGGCCACUCUUGUGGCAGAACUUGUGAAGAGGGCAGAGCUCCUCCUGCAGGAUAGUGUGACAGAGGACAGUUCUACCCACAGCAAGCAGCUUGAGACUGUAUGCACCAAGCUCUGUGAAGAUGGCAGGCAGGCAGUGCAGAAAGGCAAAGAGUAUUGCACAAAGAAAGUUCCAGAGGCCCUUCGAGUUCUGUUGCCUGAGGAGAUAUCUGCAUCUGUGCUGAAUAGUGCUGAGGACAUAGCAGUGGCCCUAGCUAUAGAGAAGGCAUGCUCCUGGCUACGUGCCAAUAUAUCAGCAUUAAUAAAAAGGGAGGUUAAAGCUGCAUUUGCUCGAAUGGUGAAAAUACACAGCCAGAUGUCCUCAUCAAUUGGAGGUGAGAAUGUAAAAGGAGGCUGCAUGGAUGGCUGUAACCACAAGGCUCCUCUCCCCUCCCAGCUGAUUACAGAAAUAAAGGAUAUCCUGAGUAUUUCAGUUGGGCCUCGUGAUGAAGAAGAGCAAGUGGAUUACAAGCACCUGAAAAACACCCUUGCACAUCUGUCUCAGACUUUGAGAUGCAGAAUAUAUAUGUGUUACCCAGCAGAGCAGCACUUGGCCAAGAGCACCGUGGAACUGGCAUCUUUGUUAGUUUCUGAUAGAAUUCCAGUAUUUGGGUUGCCUUCAUGCGAGAAUAGUAAUGAAAUGCAGAAAUCAAAGAGAGAAGCCUUAUGUGACCUGCUGACACUGCUGCUUUCCGUCUGGAAGAAAGACUUCAGGGUGACCAUUCCCUUUUAUCUUAUGUUCAGCAUGAAGAAUAUAACCUACAUAACAGAUAUACAGGCCCACAAGUGGGAGUUAUUUGAGUUCAUGCUACAUGGACUUAUUGAGCAGAGGCUUAUGGUUUUCGAAGAAAUAAAACAUCACAUAGACCAGCUUAAAGGAUUCAUUUGGCCAGCAGGUUUGCUGGAAAAACUUGCACUCAUGUCUGAAAGGCACAGAUCCAAGCAGGAAGAUGGCUGUAAGGAGCCAGUAUGCACCCCUGUGCCAAAGGCUGCCAUUACUUCUCACAGUUAGUGCCUGGAUGUUCACGUGCUUUUAUCAUAUUGAUGCUGCUAAAUCUGCUCUGGUUCAUACCCAAGGAGUAACGAUGCUUCUUGCUGUGACAUUAGGAGCUGAAAUAGGAUUGUGUGUUUCCUGUGGCCAAAUGGUGUAGCUGGCCUUAAGCUGUUUGGACACACAUGUAUAAAGUAUUGGAUGAUACCAUCUUAUCCGCGCUGGUGCCAUUGGUUAUACAACUGCCAAGCAGUAGCCCUUUCCAUUUUUACAGUGAGAGCCUCAUUGCAUUAUUCCAGGUUGGACCAAUAAGGAAUGAUUGAAAGAGGCUCUUAUAAGACUUAAAUAAAAAAUAAAAUAUCACCAAGACACUCGUUUUUUAGGAUCACAAGCCUAACAAUGCUUUUAUUUUAUAAAGUGCUUAUAAUAAUUUUUAUAAUUAUGAUUAAUAUAAUAUUUUUAUAAAGUCACAGAUGUAAUUAUAUCAGCACCUCUCUGCCUUUUAUCUGGGUGCUUUCAGUGUUUUGGGAGAGGUUGGAGCACUUGCAUAACUCACCAUAGUUUUCUUUUUGAGCCUAGUGUUUAAGAGGAUUCAUUAAGAAUAAGCCCCCCCCCCCCGAAAUAAGAUUUUAUAUCAGGCCACGGUUGUAUUUUUAUCUCUGCAGGUUUAUCCACUAAGAUUUCAACAUUGUCACAUUUGGUGUUGCUUGAGCUGUAAGCAACCCUAAUACAAGUGGGGUGCAUUUAUUCCGGUCUUUGGGGAGCCAGUGGUCAGCAAGUCAUGGAAUCGGAUUAGGAAAUGUUAAAGGAGAAGGAAAGGUAAAAUUCAUCCUUACAUUAGAAUAAAGGGCAACAUGAAUGGCGCUAGUGCUAAUCUCAGCCAUGGUCACAUAACUGCAGUUCCCCAUUACCUAUCACAUCCCUUAGCGAAUGCGCAGGUAGAACAGGUGCAGCAUGCACUGGCGCCUCUUCCAAACUCCCCAGUUUUCUAUAAGAAAGCAGCAUCUGGGAUGAAUAUAUCUAUAUAUUGUGUAUGUGCACAACAGUAAAGUGCUGGGGGAAGUGCCAUAGCAGUAAUUCAAGAAUGGUGCAUAAUAUCUAUUCUAUACCUUUCCUUCUCCUUUAAGGAUGUCCAAAGUACCCUGCGAGUAUUUGCGUCUCACACCCCUAAGCCCCAUUCUGUUUCCAGCUGAAGUAGAGAAUAAUUGCAAUGCCUGUUGUACACAAAUACUUUGUAUAGAAAUAAAAUAUUUAAGAUAUACUAAAGCAGAUGGAA